CAUCAAUCCAAGCGACAACAUCUUCGCCGCAUUUCCCAUCUGCUGCUCACACACGACUCAUCCUGGACUGAUAGCAACAGAGCAGCAAGAUGUUCAGAAACAACUACGACAACGACUCGGUCACCUUCUCACCGCAGGGCCGCAUCUUCCAGGUAGAAUACGCCCAAGAAGCCGUCAAGCAAGGUUCCGUCGUUGUGGGCAUCGUCAGCAAGACGCACGCCGUGCUCGCCGCUCUCAAGCGCAAUGCCGAGGAACUGUCAUCCUAUCAGAAGAAGCUCAUAGAAAUCGAUACCCACUAUGGCAUUGCUCUUGCUGGUCUCGCCUCCGAUGCCCGCGUCCUGUCCAAUUUCAUGAAGCAACAAUCGCUCGCCUCACGACUGACCUAUGGCCGACCCAUCGCUCUCUCCGAAAUCACAUCACGUAUCGGCGAUCGCGCGCAGACAAACACACAACACUACGGAAAGCGCCCCUACGGAGUGGGGCUGCUCAUUGCAGGCGUGGACGCAAAGGGACCGCAUCUCUUCGAAUUCCAGCCGAGCGGUGUGACGCAAGAGAUGAUUGCAUGUGGUAUCGGUGCGCGGUCACAGAUGGCGAGAACAUACCUCGAGCGGAAUUUGGACGAGUUCGAGGGCUCAAGCAGAGAAGAGCUGAUCAAACACGCCCUGCGCGCUCUCAAGGAUAGCUUGAGUCAGGACAAGGAGUUGACUGUGGACAACACCAGCCUAGGGGUGACAGGCGUGGGCGAGCCCUUCAAGCUGUACGAGGGACAAGAGCUUUCAGGUUGGUUAGAGACGACGUUCGAGAACAAGCCUGAGGGAGGUGAGAGCACGGAGGGGAUGGAGGUGGAUUCGUGAGCCGGCUAUCGCAACGCAUCGUGGGUCUGCUGAUCCCACUCGCAUGACACGAACCGAAACCGAACAUGAUAGAGUAUGAGUGGAACCGGCGCCUCGUAUGAGCUAUAGACGCGGCACCGCAUGUACCAUAUGAAUGAAGUCGCACUGCGACACAUGAUCGACAUGUUAGGCAAAUUCAAGAGCCAUGAAACACUG